UUAUCUCCUUAAGGUUCGCUGAAGCGAUAGAGAAUUGUUUCAACAUGAUGCUUCUGUUUCAAAUGCUCGGGUGCAUCAUUCAGCUCUGUUUCCAGUGUUUUCAAGCCAUCAUAUCACUCGGUGAGGAAGCAGAGCAAUUCAUGGUUUUCAAAAUUGCAUUCCUGUGUUUCUAUGUAACCUGCGCAAUGAUGCAAUUGUACCUAUAUUGUUACGUAGGGGAAAGACUUACGUUCGAGAGUACAGAGGUAGCUGACACGGCAUACCAUUGCGAAUGGUACAAUUUCUCUCCCGAGAACGCAAGAUUGCUCAUAAUUAUCAUGUGUCGAGCUAGGUCAUCGCCGCUAAUGAUCACAGCAGGCAAAUUUUGUUGGUUUACCAUAUUGUUAUUUGAACUACCAUAUCGGUUUGAAUCGUUACAUACUGAAGUACGUGGGCAUCUGGCCGGAAGAGAGGAAAUGGAACCGAUCUUCGAGUUACCACGUCCUGGUACCGUCCCUCACGAUGCUAUGCUUCGUGUGUGCUCCACAAACCAUCAACCUACCGCUCAUCGCGCACGACAUGAAUCUGCUCGAAAAAUUCUAUUAUUUCUUCCGGAGCAAAACUAUAUCCGUCAUUUUUUUCUCUUGCAAGCAUUAAAGUUUCUACUCAAGUGCAUAGCCGAGGACUGGGCCACGACGGAGACGAAAACCAAACGAGAAACGAUGGUGAAGAUCGCUAGGCUCACUAGAAUCAUCACAAUAGGUUGUAUAAUGAUGUGCGAGCUCAUAGCUUUCUCCUUCGUGUCUCUACGUCUCGUUUCAAUGAAAUACACCGACGCAACUAUGGUCUAUCAUGGCUACUUCCCUUACAAUAUAACCUACAGCCCGAACUACGAAUUGACGAUGAUUGGUCAAGCUUUAGGCGCCAUAUAUGGGGGCACCACGUACGGAGCUGUGGACACUUUCAUCGCUCUGUUAGUUCUCCACGCUUGUGGACAACUGUCGAAUCUAAAGGACGACUUGAGGAACAUUCACUCGUACGAUAAGAAAGAUCAGCAAGCGAGAUUGAAGAAAAUCGUCGAGAAGCAUAAUUAUAUCGCUUGGUUCGUAUUAAACAAAUCUGUUAACAGCAACUCAGUUGGUAGUGAGAAUUUUCUGAAUGGUUUUGAAAGG